ACAGCGGCAGAGCGCGUUCACAGCGUCACUUUUACACUUUGUUUCACUCGUUUGUCUCUCUCCCACCCCGAAACCCUCCUCUCCCUCCCCCUCUCCCUCCUCCUCCUCUCACCUGCCCAAAUUUGGACGCGCGUACACACACCUGUCCUACCUGUGCGCGCUGACGUCACACGCUGAGAGAACCUGCCGUGGCUCGUCGAGGUGCGGAGACCAGACUGCAGCGAACAUCCACAGCGACAGGACGAAAAAAAACGACACAAAACCAGCGGAUUAACACUUUUUGCUUAAUUUAAAAGGAUAAUUUACGUGUUUCAAGGAAAGAUCGCGACUACGGGGAGUUUUAAUCCAAUGGGGACCGCCACGUUUGCGGUUUUGGGCGCUUUGCUCCUGGUUUUACAGACCUCCUCCCUGGUCUCCUCAGAAGAUCCUCCAUGUUCUGCGGGUUUCUCCUCGGACGCGUUCAUCUUCAGAGUGGGAAGAAGGAGACUCCACUCCGGCAUGAGGCUGGGGAAAGUGGGUUUCAGCGACUGCUCCGACCGCAGGAGGUUUGUGUUCAACAGCGAAGACUCCAGAUUCAACGUUCAGACCGACGGCGUGAUCACGGUGAAGAGACAUGUGGUUCUACAUGAAGGACACAAGGACUUUAACGUUCACGCCUGGGACUCGGAGGGAAACAAGUUCACUGCCGCCAUCCGGGUGCAGCACGACGGCGGCCAUCACCACGGCGACCAGCAUCACGGCGGCCAUCACCACGGCGACCCGGAGCAUCAACACGACAACCGCGACCACGGGCAUCACCAGGGAAACCACGAGAAGCACCAUCAGCACGGACACCAAACUGAGAGUCCAACUCUUCCAGUUGUUGCCGUUGAAGAUGCUCCCAGCCGCCAGAAGAGACAAUCUCUGGAAGAGGAUGUGGUCAUUUACUUUCCCAAAGCGACUAAAGGUCUGAAGAGAAGGAAGAGAGACUGGGUGAUCCCUGAUAUCAACAUACCUGAAAACGGCAGAGGACCCUUCCCCAAGAAAGUGUCUCAGAUCCGCUCGUGCGACGACAAAGACCGUGUGAUCUACUACAGCAUCACCGGCCCCGGAGCAAACCAGCCUCCUGUCGACCUCUUCACUAUGGACAAGUACACGGGCAUCCUGUACGUGACCCGGCCCCUGGACCGAGAGGUCCAGUCCAACUACACUUUCGAGGCUCAUGCUGUGGCAGAAGGUGCCGGUCAGGCUGAAACCCCCAUGGAGAUUAACGUCAUCGUGAUCGACCAGAACGACAAUUGCCCCAUUUUCACCAAAGACACCUACAUUGCCGAAGUGGCCGAGUCUUCACCCCUCAACUUCGAGAUCUUCCAGGUAACGGCCACUGACGCAGAUCAGCCUGGGACUCUGAACGCCGACAUCCGCUACAAAAUCAUUGACCAGGAUCCGAAGGCUCCCGCCCCUGACAUGUUCACUAUAAACUCCGUCACCGGCUUCAUCCGAGUGAACGCAAAAGGACUGGACCGAGAGAAAAACCCAAAAUACACUCUGGAGAUCGAAGCCGCCGACAUGGUAGGAGAAGGACUCACCGGGAAAACCAAAGUCAUCCUGACUGUGACCGAUAGCAACGACAAUGCGCCGGUCUAUACAGAGACCCAGCUGGAAGAGGAUGUGGUCAUUUACUUUCCCAAAGCGACUGAAGGUCUGAAGAGAAGGAAGAGAGACUGGGUGAUCCCUGAUAUCAACACGCCUGAAAACGACAGAGGACCCUUCCCCAAGAAAGUGUCUCAGAUCCGCUCGAGCGACGACAAAGACCGUGUGAUCUACUACAGCAUCACCGGCCCCGGAGCAAACCAGCCUCCUGUCGACCUCUUCACUAUGGACAAGUACACGGGCAUCCUGUACGUGACCCGGCCCCUGGACCGAGAGGUCCAGUCCAACUACACUUUCGAGGCUCAUGCUGUGGCAGAAGGUGCCGGUCAGGCUGAAACCCCCAUGGAGAUUAAAGUCAUCGUGAUCGACCAGAACGACAAUCGCCCCAUUUUCACCAAAGACACCUACAUUGCCGAAGUGGCCGAGUCUUCACCCCUCAACUUCGAGAUCUUCCAGGUAACGGCCACUGACGCAGAUCAGCCUGGGACUCUGAACGCCGACAUCCGCUACAAAAUCAUUGACCAGGAUCCGAAGGCUCCCGCCCCUGACAUGUUCACUAUAAACUCCGUCACCGGCUUCAUCCGAGUGAACGCAAAAGGACUGGACCGAGAGAAAAACCCAAAAUACACUCUGGAGAUCGAAGCCGCCGACAUGGUAGGAGAAGGACUCACCGGGAAAACCAAAGUCAUCCUGACUGUGACCGAUAGCAACGACAAUGCGCCGGUCUAUACAGAGACCCAGUUCACAGCCACUGUCCCUGAAAAUAAGGAAGGUGCCCAGGUGGUAAAGAUGUUGGUGACAGAUAAAGACGACCCCCACACUCCCGCCUGGAACGCCAAAUUCACCAUCAUCGACGGCAACCAGAAUGGACUCUUCGCCGUAGCAACAGGCAUUAACAAACAGGAGGGAAUCAUCACCACGGCCAAGGGCCUGGACUUCGAGAAGACUCAGAAGCACACGCUGCUGGUCGCCGUGGAGAACGAGGUGCCCUUUGCCGUCCCUCUGCCCACGUCCACGGCAACGGUCGUCGUCACGGUAACUGAUGUAAACGAGCCGCCCAUCUUUGAGCCCGUCGUGAAGAAGGUCUCCAAACGCGAGGAUCUGGCUGUGGACCAGGAAGUGGUCCUGUACACGGCCUUCGACCCUGAUACAGCGCGCAAUCAGAAAGUCAUGUACCGGAUCGUGAGUGACCCGGCCGGGUGGCUGAACGUGGCCAAAGACACGGGUCUGGUGACGGUGAAGUCGCCGAUGGACAGAGAGAGUUUGUUUGUGAAAGAAAACGACAUUUACACGGCGCUGAUCGGAGCCUACGACGACGACGAGGUGCCGGCCACAGGGACGGGGACUCUGGAGAUUCAACUGAUCGACGUGAAUGACAACGGCCCGUCCAUCGAGGAGCGCAGCUUCAAGGUGUGUAACAAAGAGCCCGCCCCUCAGCUGCUCACCGUCACAGACAAAGAUGGACCUGGGUUUGCUGCUCCCUUCACUGUGCUUCUGGAAGGUUCCACCAAGGCGAACUGGACCGCACGCAUGAACGAGACCAAGACGGGCAUCGUGCUGCAGUUGGCCACGGAGCUGGAGCCCGGCGAUUAUAACGUGGAGCUGCACGUGACCGACACCGAGGGCGAGGCGCAGAUGUCCACGGUCCAGGCGCAAGUGUGCGCCUGCAAAGGCCCCGACGUCAUGUGUGACGACCGCGCCAUCGGCGGAACCCCCCUCCCCCUCAUCCUGGGCGUACUCGCCGGGAUCAUGCUCCUGCUCAUGCUGGUGCUGCUGUUGCUGCUUUUCGCUCGUCGUAAACGAGUGGAGCAGAAAGAACCUCUGAUCCAAGACGACAUCCGAGACAACAUCUACUACUACGACGAAGAGGGCGGAGGAGAGGACGACCAGGACUAUGAUCUGGGUGUGCUCCAUCGUGGCCUCGAUAACAGACCUGACAUCUUCAGGAACGACGUGGCUCCAUCUCGUGAAUUCAUUCAGGUUCCUCAGUAUCGCCCAAGACCCGCCAACCCGGACGAGAUCGGCAACUUCAUCGACGACAACCUGAAGGCGGCGGAUAACGACCCCACGGCGCCUCCGUACGACUCGCUGCUGGUGUUCGAUUACGAAGGCGGCGGCUCGGACGCCGGUUCGCUCUCCUCGCUGAACUCGUCGAGCUCCGGGGACCAGGACUACGACUGCCUCAGCGACUGGGGUCCGCGCUUCAAGAAACUCGCCGACAUGUACGGGGGCGGAGACGACGACGACAUGAUCUAAACCCACAAAAAAACAUUACAAACGCUCACUUUUAGACUAGUUUACAGAAAAGUCAGCGAGAUCCAACCUUAAAGAUCCACUGUGUAACUUUUUGGAUAUGGAGAAGUGGCUGUUUGGUUUAGAAUGUUCCAGAGUGUGACUUUAAACAACUUUACUUGACCUUUAUUCAAUUACAGGUGGUUUUAUGUCUCAAAAAUCCUUAAAAAACAAACAUUCUGACUGUGAGUGGGGUCACCUCUCCACAGAUCUGACCUGUAACUCUGUCUGGUUUGGUCUCCAUGACAGCAGAAAGGUUUGAUGACAUACUGAGGAACAUUCUAGUCUAAGAAAUAACAUCUCUAAUAAUAACACGUUGGUUUUAUGUAGUGCUUUUCUGGACACUCAAAGACCAAAAGUGUUUGAAGAAGCCUCCAGCAGAAAAGUUCCACAGUGCAGCUUUAAGAUCUGCAUAAUUUUAGGACGUUUUUUUAAGUCUGUUCAGAAAUGUAAGUGCAGAUUUAACGGAACGAUCUUCAAAUCCAGGGAAAUGUAUUAAAAUCUGACAAAAAUAGCUUUAGAACGUACACAACGCCUUAAAGCGGAAAUAUAAGACUGUUCCCUCGUCACAAACCCCAGGAGCUUCUAGAGUCAUCCGUGCAUGUUUGAGUAAUCUAGAGAUCUCUCCUGUGGCCUUUUCAAACCCAACAAUUCUCCAUAAAUACACUGCAAAAAACAUUAAGACUUAAAGUAAGAACAUUUGAUUUUAUUUGAGUCAAUUCAAUUCCACAAGUAAAAUUAUCGACCAAUGGAAUAAGUGUUUUUCUUAAAUCCGUGUGUCAUUUGUUAUUUUAAAUUUCUAUUAAGAAGAAGAAAACGAUGAAAUGGGAAAACGGUUCAUUUCAUUUUUCUGUUUUAGUGUCAAACAAAAAAACAUCUGUAUUUAUAAUAAUUAAAAGUUUAUUUCUGAUUAACUUUAAAUCAAACCCCAGAGAGAAUAAAAUAUCAAAAUCUGUAAAACAGUCAAUGGAUUUUAAACAGGAAAUGAAAAUAUUUUGUACAUAAACGUUGAAUUGUGACGAGUGAAAUAAGAUUGAAGAGUUGGAUUAUCAAAAUUAGUGUUAUUUGAAAUUAACUUUGAAUUAAAAUUGGAAAUGGAGAAAAUCUGUUGAUCUGUUUUUUAGUUUGACACUAAACCGGGAAAAUGAAAUAAACUGUUGUAUUGUUUUUCUUUCUAAAUUGAAAUUCAAAAGAACAAAUGGGACACAAACCUUAAUUCAAGCAACAUUAGAUUUAGUUUUAUUCUAAAUGGAAAGAGUUUUUUUUUUUUUAACGCAGCAACAUUUAUUUUCAUAUUUAAACUACAAAAAGUCUUGUUCCAUCGGGAGAUAAUUGUACCUCUUCAACUGAAACUCAAAUCAUGAUCAAACUUUCUUGAUUCUGGUCGUCUGAACUUUAGAUUUGAGUUUUUGCAGCUCCGACUGUGUUGCGAUGGUGCUCUGAAGGGGGAGGGACUUAGCAUAGAGAACGAAUAUAGUAUUUUCGAAACGAUAAAAGAAACACGGUGAUCUGAAUGUGACGUGUUCGAGUCACGUUCCACCGAUUUUAAAAAAAAAAAAACAGCGCUGCAGUUUGGAAAUUUUACAUUCAAAUCUGAACUUCGUCUGAAAAAUGAGGGAAAUUCGGAUUGAAAAGGACAAUUUUACCAAAUCCUGAAACGACCGAAAUAUGACCAAAGGACGGCAACAAAACCAUCCAAAAAUGUAUUCCAUAUUUGUUAGAAUUGCACAUUUUUCUGACUCAAAUAUAUCGAGUCUUCAAAUUAGUUUUUAAAAAAAAAUUCAGCUCUGGAAUGUUUUUUCGUUUAACAAAUCAGAAAAUUUGGUCAAAACAUUGAAAUACAAUAUGUCCUCCAGAUUUUCUAUUAAAGUCUACUGAUAUAAAAACUGUUCAUACAUUGUUUUUGGACGUUGCCAUGGAUACGUGCCUCUGAAAACCGAGCUGCCGCCAUCACGAGGUCACGGCAGAUGUUUUGUUUUUGGCGCUUGAGCUUUAGGCGUUUGGCGAGUUCAGAUUUUUGAGUUCGAAGCCUGUUUCACCACAAUAACGAACAAAAACGACGGAAAAGCCAAAAAGAAGCAGUGGAGCAGUUUGUUUAAAACACGACUCUUACAUUUGUGUAGAAAAUAUUAAAAGAAAUUGUUUUCAUUUCCUGUUUAUUAAAGAAAAAUCCAUUGGCUAUUUUAAAGAUGCACUGUGUCACUUUUCUGAUGACCUGCUUGUUUCCAUGGUGACGACGUUACUUUUAAACUUCAGUGCAAAAAGUACGAGAAAACGACUUCAAGAACAAAAACGAUGCAAAUCCACAAAGUCAAACACGAGUUUAAACGAGGAACAAACGAAGAACGUGGAGCAAACGAAAAAAUUGUGAAGACAAACGUGUCGUCGUCAAAAGUCUGUGUCAUUCGUUCUUUUGUUUUUCAAAAUAAAACCAAAAAUGUAAAAAAUGAAUUUUUUAUUUUGUUUUUAAAUAAAAAAUGGAAAAAACGGAUAACAGUUUCCCGUUUCCGUGACUUAAACUGAAAUGCCAGACUGAACCAGGACCGAACCGUUUUUUGUCCCAGCCUCAGUCCUGGUCCGGGUCUCGGUCCUGGUCCUGGACCUGGUUCAGUCCGUAUGUGGCACAAUAAUCCGGCAUCUCAGUUUAAGUCAUGGAAACGGAAAAUGGUCGUAAUCCCUUUUUUCCAUUUUUCAUUUAAACACGAAUCUUUAUCCGUUUUUUUCCAGCUUUGAUUUUGUGAGGUUUUUUUUUUAAUUUAUUUUGGUUUUGGAGACAAAUAGUUGUUUUUUUUUCAUUUUCUUAUCUUUGGUUUUAUUUUGAGAAAUGAAUGAACGACACGUGGAUUAUCAAAUGCGCCACAAAUAGAAAAACGCCACAUAAAACGACCGACUGACGAUAAACUAAGAAACGACAUCACGAAUCUGUUAAAAUAACGAUUGACGUGUAAAUGUGUCACUGUAAAAUCUGGAGUAAAAUACGAUCAAAUAAAACAUCUACAGGCAGAUUUAUAUUAUUAUAAACACAGAGAGCGCCCCCUGCAGGCUGUGGCGACUCUACGCCGCGUUUUUCUGUGUUUUCUUGUUUUGCUUCUCUAUUUGCGGCACAUUUGACGACGGCGCGUUUGUCUUCACGUUUUGUCCGUUUGCUCCACGUUCUUUGUUUCUCGUUUAAACUCGUCUUUGACUUUGUGAAUUUGCGUCGUUUCUGUUCUUGAAGUUGUUUUGUUUUGUUUGCGCCAUCGCGUUUGGCCGCCGUCAGACACCGUUCACAUCUGUGGAGAAGCGACCGCUAGAAAUGUUACACAGUGCAGCUUUAACAAGACUCGUGAAAUCCAAAACUUUAAAAACUUUUUGUGCCAAAAAAAAAAAUUUACUUUUUUUUUUUUCCCAGAUAAUAUUCAUGUCCGUUCCGUCGUAUCUUUAACUCUAAACGUUUUACACUGGAGUCUUUUUGCCGUUCUUGUUGUGAAUCAGGUUUAACUUUACGUUGAGUUGAAAAUGUUUAAUUUUUUUUACAGUAAGUUGCUGGUUUUACACCGGACGCUCGCUUUUGCACUGUCACGCCUUCCACUUGUACAGUUGCUUUGAGAGGUGUUUGAGUUUGUUCUGAAAUCCUUGGUGGAGCAGAAAUCUGAAAUGUUUGAGUUUUAAAAUGUUUUGUGUUUGUUUUUCUCGAUGCCUUUUUCUUACACUGUAGACGACACAAACGCUGGUGUGUGUUCUGGUUUGUUUUUAUAAAGUUAUCUUAAUAUACGACUGUGAAUGAGUGGGUUUUUUAUCUGCAAAUAAAAAUUAUAGUUAAUAUUUGAAAA